AGGGGUCGACAGUCCCGCUUGCACGCCCUCAUUCUAUGACCCGGGCGCCGAAGCACGUCGUGACACCUGGGCGGCCAUGGAGUUUGCGCUGCGCAGCGGCCGCGCGCGGGCCAUUGGAGUCUCCAAUUACGAGGUGAAGCAUCUCGUGGAAAUCAUGGAUCUCGAAGAGAAGCCAGCCGUGAACCAGGUUGAGUGGCAUCCAUACCACCAUGAUGAUGAGCUGAAGGCCUUUUGCCAUCAGAACGCCAUCGCCCUCGAAGCCUGGUCACCCUUGUCAGGGCGCAACGCCUCAGCAUUGUUGGACCCCGUUGUGAAGGAGGUGGCUCAAAAGCACAAUGUCUCUACUGCGCAAGUUGUCCUUCGCUGGUCGCUCCAGCAGAAUGUCAGUGUUGUGGUCGGCACGGAGAAAGCGGAACACAUGAAGACGGACCUGGAAGUCUUCUCCUUUCAAUUGUCCGCUGCCGAGAUGCAGAGCAUUUCGAAGCUGAAAGUGUCCGAAGUGUUCGUCUAGCAGUCGCAGAUGGUCGGUGACUGGUCUUUCGAAGUCAACCAGGAACCGGAUGUUUUAGAUAGAUAGAUAGAUAGAUUUCUGUUUGUGCCUGAAUCUAGAACUUGCAACUUCUUGGGUGAACUUAGCACAUGGUGGGGUAGUUGCUCACGCCUAGAGAAGACAAUGCCGUGAGAUGUAGCAAAGGCGAGUGAGAUAGUGUUCAUUUGUGUUCCCCACUUUGCAUGGCACGAGCAAAAAUACUUCUCAGUUCAGAUGGCGAGCACCCGAUGAGACGGUUUGCGAAGACGCAUUGCCGCAGGAGGAUCCUUUUCCAGGAAUCGGUUUCAGUUGUUUGUCGAAGGGUGAGAGUUCUCAAAGAGGGUUUCAGGUGUUCGGAAUCCCGUCACAUGGAGGAAAUUCGCCCCAGAGUUCUCUCUGUGGUGAUUUGCUUCGCGGUGCGUCCUGCGCCCCCGUCUUCAGCCCGCGAUGGACGCCAA